AUGCCUCAACUAGAUAAAUUCACUUAUUUCACACAAUUCUUCUGGUCAUGCCUUUUCCUCUUUACUUUCUAUAUUGCCAUAUGCAAUGAUGGAGAUGGAGUACUUGGGAUCAGCAGAAUUCUCAAACUACGGAACCAACUGGUUUCACACCGGGAGACCAAUAUCCGGAGCAACGACCCCAAGAGUUUGGAAGAUAUCUUGAGAAAAGGUUUUAGCACCGGUGUAUCCUAUAUGUACUCCAGUUUAUUCGAAGUAUCCCAAUGGUGUAAGGCCGUCGACUUCUUGGGAAAAAGGAAGAAUCUCACUUUUCUCUCUUGUUUCGGAGAACUAAGUGGCUCACGAGGAAUGGAAAGAAAUAUAUUCUAUUUGAUUUCGAAGUCCUCAUAUAGCACUUCUUCCAAUCCUGGAUGGGGGAUCACUUGUAGGAAUGACAUAAUGCUAAUGCAUGUUCUACACGGCCAAGGAAGCAUCGGUUUUUAA